CUCAGCCCGGAUCCUGGAACCGUUUCCGGGGGACAGGGCACCAGCAGCACCAGCAGCAGCAGCAGCCAUGGCGGAUCAGCUGCUGGAAACAGUGGAGAGGCUUCAGUCCCGGAUCCAGGACAACCCGGAGCCCCGAAAGUUACUGAAGACGCUGAAGAGACUGGGAGAGGUGCCGAUGACUGUGGACAUCCUGGUGAGGACCGGAGUGGGCAAGACGGUGAACUCCUUCAGGAAGCAUGAAGGCGUAGGAGACCUGGCUAAAAGUCUGGUAGCCAAGUGGAAGAAACUGGUUCCUCAGUCUGCAGACAGACCCAACAGUAACAGCAGACCAGCCCCCCAGCCUCACCACAGAUCCCACAGAGAGCCCUCCCCCGAGCUGCGACGCUCCUACGAGGAGGAGGAGGAGGAGGAAGAGGAGGAGGAGGAGGAGGAGAGAGGGUAUCACACAAACUACUCCCCCUCACCUCCUCAGCAGGUGCAGUACAGCCCUCCGCAGCGAGGGGGGUACGAGUCAGAAGAAUACGAGCCAGAACCAGAACCAGAACCUAGCCCACCUCCUCCUCCUCCUCCUCCUCCUCCUCUUCCUCGUAAGGAUGUCCGUCACAGCAAACCAAGCAAGAACCAUCAGCACGGCGACAGGAACAGAGAUGAAGAGCGGUUGCUGCCCGGCGCUCAGAGCAGCAGCGAGCGAGGAGGCGACGGGAAGAAACGGAGCGGGGACCGGGACCGGGACCGGCCCAAGAGCCCGGUUCAGAAGAAGCACAGCAAGAAGUCCACGUCACACGACGGCAAGAAGGAGGAGAGGAAGAAAGGAGGCGAGGACGGUCGACCUCGACCUCCGAAGGACUCUCCCUCCAAGGAGGAAGAAGACGAGUUCGAGGCGCCCACCAUGUCCUUUGAGUCCUUCCUCACGUACGACGCGCCCACUCCCGUCAAGAAGAAGAAGAAGCCCGUACCCUCGUCUUCGUCGUCGCACGGCAGACCGUCUCAGUCGUCCUCCGGCUCUUCGUCGCGUCAGAGCCGGACGGCGUCCUCCUCCGCCUCGUCCUCCAAAGCCGGCAAGGCCAACGGCUCUCAGGGCUCCAAAAGGACGCAUUCUGAGUCCAGAGGGGGCAAAGCGGCCGAACCCAAACCGGAGAAACGCAAAAGGCAGGUGGUGGAGGCUCUGCCGACCCUCCCAGACAUCCCUCUCCCUGCGAUCCAGCCCAACUACCGACCGCUGCCCUCCAUCGACACGCCCCUGUCCCCUCAGAGACGCAAAGUCCCCGUGUGCAACGACGAGGAGGACGCCGGCUUCACCGGGAAGCGCUUCAACUCCAAGAUGGUGGUCUACUCGGGGUCCAAGACGGCCUACCUGCCCCGGAUGAUGACGCUGUACGAGCAGUGCAUCCGCGUGCUGCAGAACAACAUCGACUCCAUCGCCGAGGUGGGCGGAGUCCCCUUCGAGAUCCUGGAGCCGGUCUUGGUGAGAUGCACGCCGGAGCAGCUGUACCGGAUCGAGCAGAGCAACCAGUGCUUCACGGAGGACUCGGACGAGCUGUGGAUGCGUCACUGUCGGCGCGACUUCAAGCGCGAGUCGCCGCAGGAGUUCGAGUCGUGGCGGGAGAUGUACCUGCGGCUGCACGACGAGCGCGAGGAGCGGCUGCGGCUGCUCACCCAGAACAUCAGCUCCGCCCACGCCAACAAGCCCAAAGGGCGGCAGGUCAAGAUGGCGUUCGUAAACUCUGUGGCCAAGCCGCCGCGGGACGUUCGGCGCCGGCAGGAGAAGUUCGGCACGUCCAGCGGUUCGUCCAUGGCCUCCACGGCGGCUGCUUCUCCCAUCAAAAUAAAACCAGCGACCUCUGACUACUCCGGGGAGUCGAGCGGCUCCUCCGCUUCAAACGCCAACCCUCCGGCCAGCUCGUCUCGCUCUCCGGCGCCCACCGGAGGAGGAGGAGCAGGACUGCAUCCCGGCCGGGAGAAACCACAGGUCAAAAAAAUCGCCCCCAUGAUGGCGAAAACCAUCAAAGCGUUCAAGAACCGAUUCUCCCGCCGGUAGUCUGACCGGAACCCUGACCGGCUGGUUUUAAUUUCCUUUUAGCCGCAUUUUUCCUUCAAACACACACCAACCAACACACGGCAUGAACUUCACGGUACUGCUGAGAACAGGGUGUCCUUUCUGCAGGGUUUUUAAGUAUUUAUCUCCAGUCCUGACCGAGGAUCAAAGCGCUGAGGUCAGCAGCUUCACGCGGGCGGAUGCCUUUACCUGCUUCCCAACAGCUUUUCACCGUUUUGGGUUUCUAGACGUUAGACGGUUCUGCUUCUCUGAGCUGAGCCCAAACACACCCGGAGUCGUCUGUAAAACUGGACCAACGCGUCGGUUUGUAGAUGUGAACAGAAACGGUUUGUCCUGAACAGGAUUGGCUGGUUUCUGGUCCCGUUUUGGCUCGGAACCAGCAGGCCCGACCCGGGUCUCUGAGUCUCUGGUUGUUAUACGUUUUUGAUCCGUCUCAGAGGAAGAUCUGUGAGGGAAACACGGGGAAUCCGUCAGCGUCUGUGAUGAAAUUCUGGAGAUCUGGGUUUAUCCUGUUUUCUUUUUUUUUUUUUUUUUACAAAGUUCUGACCUUUUUAUCAGUAUUUUAGCUGAUUUCUUUCACCUGUUUAUUGACGUUUGGACACAUCUGUGUGCAUCUUGUCCCGCAUCACCUCUGGUUUUACACUAAACGUGAUCAUGUUAGAGAAGCAGAGUAGAACCUGACUCUAAACUCCUGAUGUUUGGGUUUAAUGUCCGGUUUGGAGGAGCGUGGAGGAGUUUAAAUCAACUCAUUCCUUCAGAUUUUCCAUCCAAGCAGCCUGACUUUGUUGUCAACUUUUAAAGCGAGUCUCCAGUUUAUUUCAAUUUCCAUCAAAGGUUUUGGGGUCAAGUCAUCCUAUCCAAUUCACAUUUAAUACCUUUUACUACAGAAUCAGUAUAUUUUUUUUGUAUCCAGUUGAAUAAUAGAGAAUAACAAUCACCAAUAUGCUCACAUAUAAUUUAAUUUAAUUUACUCUAACCCUCGUAGCAUUUAUUGUGGUUCAGAUUUCUGUGCGGACCAGCGGAUCCUUAGAGAACCCCCUGGUAGAAGCUGGCCUGUUAGUGGAUAGUUUGUCAUCACAGCGGCGCCUUAAUACGUGACGGAAAACAGCUUUUCAGUCGUCUCUGUGGUGCAGACCGCUCCUUAAUGUCUGGAAGACAAACUGCAACGACGCGACACGUUGAAAGAGCGAAAUAAACCAAGUUCUUAUUUCCUUAAAGUUUAGUUUUACCCUUACUGCUUUUUCAUCUAGUUUAAAAUUUUCUUUUUAAGCCACAAAGGUCGUUAAAUAACUCUUUAUCUGCAGCCUUUCACAAAGAUGCAGUUUUUCUAAUUUUAAUGCGGGAGGAAAAUUUGAAGACUCUUUAUUUUUAAAAUUGAAUCUUGAUUUCUUUUUUUUUUAUAUAUAUAUUUAUUGAAUCAAUGAAUCUUAAAAAUGACAUUGUUUGACACAAAAAUAUGAUUUUAGAUCCAACACGGUGGUUUGCCAGAGAUCUGUUGGCUGGAAACUUGGAUUUUCAGAAGUUUUUUUUCUGCUCAGCCCGACUCCUCCUGGUUUGUCCUGCGGUUUCCUCAGAAGAUUUAAAAGGUUAGAGGAAAGUCUCGGUUCCCUGGGAGGACUGGAACAUUAGACAAACGCUGUUUUCUCAGCUGGAUGGUUUUCACCUGUCUGUUAUUCAUCUUUUCAGUUUUUCCAGCACAGAUUGAAAAAUUGAAAACCAAUAGCGUUCCUAUGAAGGGUGCAGCUGUCCGACUCACCUGGGCGGUCGUAUGAAAACCCGCAAACAGGAAACGUGCUGCAAUACGUGUUCAGUUUUAGCUUCCCAGGUUUAUUUUAGUGUUUUUAAGCUGACUCAACUGUGGCUCAAAGCUAUGCACCAUCUCACCUGUCUAACAGGAUAAUAAUGUGAAUUAAAAUAUCAUUAUGAGUAACAGCGCCCCCUCUGGUCACACAGGGACACAUUUAUCGUUUUACUGAUCAGUUUAUUUAUGAAGAAGAGCAGUGAGUUGCGAUGAUGAAUUUUAAAGGUGUUGGUUAGUAGAAUGAGGACAGGCUAGCAGUUUCCACCCGUUUCCAGUCUUUGUGCUAAGCUAGGCUAACGAUAGGUGGUCUGCUCUAGCUCUUCAAACGGAAAGAAGUCGACGUGUUUUUCAAAAAUACCAAACUUUUCUUUUAAGUUACAAUAAGAACGUUUGAGUCAACGAGCUCCUGUUUCUUUUUCUUUCUGCCUAAAUGAGACUGAACGUCUCUGCAGAUCGUCUCACAACCGCUGGAGGACCCUUCUUCGUUAGGAACCCAAGCCGUUCAGAUGUUUUCCUGUUAUUCCUGGUGAUGUUUCAGUGUGCGUGUAUGGGGGGGGGGGGGCCUGAGGCUUUAUAUCCUGUUUUCCUCCUGCUGCUGAAAGUCUGCUUCUGUCUGCUUCACUGUGACAAACUGUUUGAAAUGAGGGAAAUUCAUAGGACGGCGGUGGCUUCAGCCCUUCGUCAUGAUGAGAUGUAUUUAUUUUCACAAAUGGGACCUGGUACCCUCCCUACAACACGGGCUAAAGUAGAUGGAAAACUGUAAUUUUAUUAGAUUUUAAUAAAUGUUAUGUGGUCAUUUUUAUUAAAAUUGACUUUUGCCCUGAAA